AUGGCUUCGAGACGAGAAUCUUCUAAUCGUCAACAUAAAUUUUCAUUAUUAAAUUUAAGCGCAAAUGAAAUAUAUUUUGAAGAUUAUGCAGUUUAUUGUCAAAAACAAAACUUAAAACCAUCCAAUGAUAAAUUAUUGAAAAUUUCUCAUGAGACGGUAAAUGAAUCAAAACAGAAAGGUCGUCUAAAAGUUUGUUCAAAAUCAUUAGUAUUUGUUCCAAAUGAUAUUCGUCAACCAAUGAUUAGAAUGACCUAUAAACUAAUAUCAAAAGUAGAAGAUUCAAAAAAAAAUGAAAUUUUAUUAUCAAAUUCAACAAUUAUCUCAUCACAUCAACGACAAAAUUGUCUUAUUAUGGUGUGUUCAUCGAUCACUCUAAUGAAUGAAUAUGGAAGAAUCGAACCUUAUACUGUACUCUAUGAUACAUACCGUUUUAUUAUUGAAUUUCUUUAUACAAAUGUUGAAGAUUGUAUAUCAGUUGUCGGACAAUUAUAUCGUUCAUCAACAUUGACAUUUUCUGAACAAACUAUGAUGAUUGAAUCGAUUAUUCAAGGACGUUUAAAAAUGUUGAAAUUUGAUUUAAGUCAACUAGGAGAUUUUCGAGAACGAAUUGUAUUUGAAAAUGAUGCAUAUCUCAUUCAACCGUUAGUACAAAAUCCUGGCAAAAUUGUACUCACUGAUCAACGACUCUAUUUUCAUUCAUUAAAUAAUAUAGAAGAACAACAAACAAAAAAAUAUGAUUUAUCAAAUAUUGUAAAAGUCACUAAAAGACGUUAUAAAUUUCGUUCAAUUGGAAUAGAAAUACUUUUUUCUAAUAAAAAAACAUCGAGUGUAUCGGAAAAUCUCUUAACAAUUCAAUCGAAUACAUUAUAUUUGGUAUUUUCAAAUGAAAGAACGUGUUUAACGUUUCACGAUUUAUUAUUAAAACAAAAUAAUAUUAAAUUAGAUGAUGUUAGUCAAGAUAAUAUGACAUUACGAUGGCAAUUAGGUAAAAUAUCAAAUUUUGAAUAUUUAUUAUAUUUAAAUGAUCAAAGUCAACGUUCAUUUAAUGAUCUAACACAAUAUCCAAUUUUUCCAUGGGUUUUGAGUGAUUAUAUUAGUAAUGAACUCGAUUUAUCUAAUCCAAAAAUAUAUCGAGAUUUACGAAAACCAGUAGGCGCAUUAAAUCAAGAACGUUUGGAUCGUUUAAAAGCUCGAUAUAAUGAGAGUGUAGAAUUAGAAGAUAGUGAAAGAUUUUUAUAUGGUUCAUUCUAUAGUAAUCCAGGUUUUAUUGUUUAUUUUCUUGUUCGUUUAUAUCCCGAAUUUCUUUUAUGUUUAAAUGGUGGACGAUUUGAUCAUAGUGAUAGAUUAUUUCAUUCCAUUGCUGAUACAUUUAACAGUUGUUUAUCAAGUGAUUCAGAUGUUAAAGAACUCAUACCCCAAUUUUACAUGUCUAAUCGAUAUAAUAAUGACGAUGACAGUGAGAAUGAGGAUGGAAGUUUUUUAGUAAAUAUCUAUGAUAUUGAUUUUGGUCGUCGUCAUGAUAAUACACUUAUUGGAAACGUUAUUCUUCCACCAUGGGCAGAAGAUGAAAAAGAUUUUGUUUUUAAAAUGCGUGAAGCAUUAGAAUCGGAUCAUGUUUCAGAACAGUUAAAUCAUUGGAUUGAUCUUAUUUUUGGCUAUAAACAACGUGGUGUAGAAGCAAUUAGUAAUGAUAAUUUAUUUCAUUAUUUAACGUAUGGUGUUUUUGAAAAUGGUAAAGAUAAUGGUGGAGAUACGGAAAAUAUUGAAGAUUGGGAUAAACGAUUAGCAUUCGAAACACAAGUACAAGAAUUUGGACAAGUACCACAACAGUUGUUUGAUAAACCUCAUCCAAGAAAAUUAUCGAAACAAGAUCUAUUAUUAUCACGUAAUGUAUUUGUUGUUAAUUGUCAAUCAAAUCCAAUAAAUCCAUUACAUCUCGUUGAUGAUACAGUUAAAUCUACAUCUUCUAGUCGUUCAAAUACACUAUCAGAUCCACCACAAAUCUUUUCAAAUACGUUAGACAAUACUAAUAAUAUUGAAAAUGAUGUUAAUUGGGAUAUGUCUACUAUUGUUAACGAUCAAAGUAAUUCAGGAGAAGAGGAACAAGAAAUUGGUCACUUAGAAUCCGAAUGUGUAUGCCGUUUACAUAAAAAUGCUAUUAAUCGUAUUGUUCAACAUUCAUCUUUAGCAAAUCGUGUUAUUUCAAUUGCAGAUGAUGGUUUUCUACGAACAUAUACGUAUGAAACAAAUAAAUCAGAUUAUUUUCUUAAUAUUUGUAAACGUUCAUUAACAUGUUUAUUUGUUAUCAAUGUUGAAAAUGAAUUAAAAGAAAUAAACUCAAUUGCAUUUAUUGGAAGUUAUGAUCAAUCAAUAUAUAUUUAUAAUUUGACAAACAGUUUACUUCUACAUACUCAAAAAAUUCAUGAAGAUGUAAUUGUUGAUAUUUAUGUAUCAAGUAAAAUUAAUUCUUUUCCUUGUAUGUGGACUGGUUCGUGGGAUAGUAGUGUUCGAUUAUGGUCAUUAGACACACUACUUACCAUUGAUAAUGAAAAUAAUAAUUGUAAAUUUUUAUUAAACAAUUAUUCAAAUCAACGACUUGAAUUAUCCCAUAUCUAUGAAAUAUCUCUUGAUUCAGCUUGUACAUGUUUGAAUGUGUUAGAAGUACAUGAUUUAUUAGCUGUUGGUUGUCAUGAUUCAACAAUUCUUUUAUGCGAUUUAACUACAGGACAAAUAUUAAAACAAUGGAAUUCAUCUUCCGAAGAUUAUUCUAAAAUAAUGUCUAUUCAGUUUCAUAAUGAUGGAUUAUUUUUAGCUUAUUUAUGUACAACAAAACUAGCUCUUAUUGAUAUUAUGACUGGUACAGAAGUAUUUGAACAUUCAUCAUCUUCUGUAAAAUUUCGAUCUCUAUUUUAUUCAAAUAAUAUACUCAUUAUUGGUUGUAAUGAUGGUUCUAUAAAAUUAUUUUCAAUGAAAUCUUCAUCUUUUCUUCCACUUUCACUACACAUUUGUGAUACGGCUAUAACAACAAUUGCAAAACAUAAUCAUAAUAUGGCAUCCGAUAUAUACGAUAAAAUUUAUUUCUUUGGCACUGAAGAUGGUUCAAUACAUAUGUAUUCAAUGAGAUAUGACAAUAAAACACAUGUAUGA